GCCGAGGCCCAUCUUAUGCAGCAAGUGUUCACACAUUUCCCUCAUUCUCCACCAAGAGAAGCAGCUGCCACCUAUUACAAAAGUUUUUGUGCAAAUACUGAAUCAAGCACCAUGCCAGAGAUAGUCCCUAAGAACAAAGCCCCAGGGGUUGAUUUCUGUGGGGUAGAUGAAUAUUACUACAUUGUCCGCUCAGACUUGGGCUGCUACAUGCGGUCCACCAAUUUCCACGAGGGCAAAGACCUCGAAGUGUUUAGCCUGCACAGUUCCUGCACGGGAGGAGAUCACUACUUAGCCCAUGAGGAUGACCUAUUCUACAUCAUCAAAGGAGACAACUAUCGCCGUGUCAGCAACAUGAAUAAAGACUUAGGUUCUGUAGUAUACAGCCUCCAUCCCAACUGCCGCGGAGGGGACCAUUACCUCUCAGCCUUUGGAUCCUUCUAUAUCAUUUUCCAGAAAAGAGGUGUUUACCGUCGGGUCAGUAAUAUGCAUGAAGAUACAGAUGCAGUUGAAUACACACUUCACCCAACUUGCAAGGAUGGUCUCUAUUACUGGGGCAUCAAGAAUUACUAUUACUUUGUAAAACCCCAUGAUGAAUGGGGGGUCCAGUACUAUAGAUGCACCAACUUCCACGAAAAUGUGGAUGCUGUUACAUACUCCUUCCAUAGAGAUGUUGUGAACAUGCUCCCUGGAGGAAUGGCUAUUACCUAUGGUCCAGCUUAUGGUAGAUGGGAACCUAUCAAGACCAUCUCCAAUGAGUCCAACACUCCCAUUGUAUGGAAUAAGAAGAUCACCAAGAAAGUGGGAUACAACAAGCAGAAGAUGAGCAGUGUGGAGCACAACUGGAAGGUUUCCAUGACUGCCUCAUAUCAGUCAGGUGUGCUCACUGAAGCCAUUGCCAAGUAUCAGUUCUCUCUCACUGCUGAGUAUGGUGGGAAGAGUGUCAACACAGAGCAGGAAAACUGGAAUGAAGCCACUGAGAUCGAAGAAGCUAUUAGUGUAACCGUGGAGCCCAAUGGGAAGAUGUACAUAUGGCAAUACCAGCUGGGUUUGGGCAAGGAAACGGUCUUGUUCUGCCGUGAUAUGAAAUUUAGGGAUAAUUCUACUCCACCUACAGAUAUUCCUUUACCACCUUCUGAUAAGUGAAAAAUGUUAGACCGAAAGGCACCCUCAAACACUUCCUCUCUAUUAUAAAAUCUGAUUGAUUACUAUGAUUCAUUACUAUUGAUUACUAUAUUUAGAAAAUAUAGAGCUCUCCUGAGCUAAGGGGGAAUUCGCUGAGCAUAGCUGUCAACCUUUCCCUUAUUCCGAAUAGGAUUCCUCGCAAGAAAAGGGAAACGUUGACAGCUAUGUCGCUGAGUGGUAUAUAGAGAUGCAAAAGCUAAAGACCAAGUGAGAUUAAUGAUUAUUAGACAUAUUAUAUACUCUCAUAUAGACAUAUACAUCUUGAUAGGCUACAUAGAUAUACUUGUCCAAGUUUAUGCAAAACUCCUUAGGCUACAGCUAGAAAAGCAUAUCCUAGUUCAGGGGUCAGCAACCUUUUUCAGCCUAGGGCCAGUCCACCGUCCCUCAGACCAUGUGGUGGGGGUGAACGAAUUCCUAUGCCCCAGAAAUAACCCAGGGAUGCAUUUUAAAUAAAAGGACACAUUCUAUCCUUGUAAAAACACGCUGAUUCCCGGACCGUCCGCUGGCCAGAUUGAGAAGGCGAUAGGGUCAGAUCCGGCCCCCGGGCCUUAGUUUGCCUACCCUUGUCGUAGUUUGUGCACAAUGCAGGUGACCCCGGCUGAAUGACUUCCAGAUGAGCUACUAAGCUAUAAAUCCCUUUGCUAAAUUUGUUCCUUCAUUUUGCUUUGUAUUUGCUGAACUCUGCAACCUGUCCCACUGUUGUUAUACGAAUCAAAUAAAAUAAAGAAUCAA